AUGCAAAUCAUUCAGAACUCGGCUGCCUGGAUCAUCACCUGCACCAAAUCAUCUGACCACAUGACCCCUCUUCUCAUCCAACUUCACUGGUUUCCUGUACAAUACCGCAUCCACUACAAAAACUCUCUCUUCACCUACAAAGCUCUCCACAAUCUAGCCCCCACUUACCUCUGUGACCUCCUUCAAGAAUGCACCCUCUGCUCAACCUCUGCUGGACUCCUCACCAUCCCCACCUCAUGGCUCAGACGAGUGUUUUAUUUUUCUAUUGUUGUUUUAUGUUACAGAGAGAACCUGGAGAAGGCCUUGUGCCAAUACGUCAGCAAUACUCUCAGCCACAUUGACACAGUGAGAGGAUUCUGUGAGAGGCUCCCUGAAUGGAUGGAUGCAAGGAAGAGAGAGUUGACAAGACUUAAAAAAGACAUCAGCCAACUAAAUUUGACUGCUGUGCUGAAAGACAUUCUGAGGGGUCUGAAGAAGCUCGACUGCUUCCUGGAUGCAGUGGAGAAACUGGUGGUCACCUCGCUUCAUGUGUUCAUGAAGGAGAACCAGGUGUUACAUCUGCCAGAAGGGAUCAGCCCUGAACAUGUUCAGGUUGUCAUCAUUGCUGCACGGCUAAUCUGCCCUCUCCUCCUUCAAUUUAAAAGAGAUGCAAGUGUCUUCUUCCUUCCCAAACUGCAGAAUGUGGAAGUGCUGUCAUAUCAGCUGGACAGAUACAUUCAGACCACCAAGACAAUCUGCAAGAAGUUAGAGAAAAGCUUCCUCAGUGACUUUCGCCUGAAGAGGAACACAGAAACUGUGGUAGACCUCAAUGCACAUUUGUGUGAAGAUGACAUAGAGCGGAUGCUUUGUCACAUUAAUCAGCUUGAUAGAAUCAGGAUGGACCAGCACUUCAGGACAAACUUCUUGUUCCAGGAAGUAUCAUGUUGUCGCUUCAUCGAUGAGUUCACCAAGCGACAACCCCGGAUGCUGAAGUUUCUUAAAGACCUGGAGGAGAACGCUGUUCAGCUGGACAGCAUGAAUAAGGGGGCAAAGAUCUCCAGUGUGGUAGGCAGCUCAGUGGGUGCAGUUGGAGGUGUGCUUUCCAUCAUUGGUUUGGCAUUAAUUCCUGUAACAGCCGGAGUGUCUCUAGGUCUGAUAAUAGGUGGGACAGCACUGGGAAUAACCAGCGGAGUCAACAGUGUUGUUACCACCGCCACAGAGCUUGUGGUAAACCAUAAACAUCAAAAGGAAGCUGGUGAAGUCUUCCAGAGGUUUAUGGAGGAUGUGCAGAGUCUCCAGGAUUGUCUGGAGGAGGUGUCUGCUCAACCAGCUGCUAACAUUCCAUUGAAUGUACAAUAUCUCAAGGUUCUCAGUUUGUUGAGUAAACCUGUGUCAGUUAGACGCAGUAUUGGCUCACUUGUUACAGAUGUCUCAGCUUUACAGACAUUAAAAAAAAGUAAAGAGCAGGCUAUGAGGGCUGGCUUAGUGGCGGUGCAGGAAGGACAAGCAUUACGUAAUGUGCCCAGGGUGGCUUCAGAAAUCCCAGAUAUUGGACAGGCAACUGUCAAAGGGUCUCUUGCCCUCUCCAAGUCAGCCAGGGCUGGUCUCAUUGGGCUCAAUGCUCUCUUCCUCGGCAUGGAUAUUGUCUUCAUCUGUAAAGACAGUAUCAGUCUGGCCAAAGGCAGUGAGACCGAAGUCUCACAGUUCAUCAGAGCCAGAGCUGCUCUUUGGAGCUCAGAGAUGGACUCAUGGCAGAAGAUCCAUGUCUCACUGUGCAAAGGUCUGCAGCCAUCAGAGAAAAACAAAGCUAUCCUGGAGAUGCCAUAUUAUCCAGAGAGGGAGGUGAAGACAGAAAGAGAGACAAUUGCAAUAGUCCAAUCUGGAAGUGAUGAAUGCGUGGAUGAAAAGGAGAAGGAUGGACAGAGACAUGCAAUGUUUCUGAGAUGGAAGAAGGCUCUUUUGGUGAUGUGUUUGAUAUGUUGGUCAAGGGAGAGGGUUUGA